CCCCAUGAAUCCUCCUAAGGCAAUAACAUACCAGUCGAAGAGAACAAAAUAUGCCUAAAGACACUUUUGCACUUGGCAUCAUCCUUUUAAUUCUUCUCUUCAAUGUAUCUGCAGGCCAAACUAUAGUUGUUGAAAAUGAUAAUCCUGUUACUGCAAGGUUGACAAAGGGGCAUAGCAGAAAGAUUCUUACAGAAGUUCAGGAUUAUGAUUACGGAGGGGCGAAUUCUAGGCAUGAUCCACGCAGAAGGCCUGGGACUGGGGGCAGGAAUGGCUAGACCAUUAAACUCCUUGUUAUACAAUUGCAUAUAAUUGUGUGAAGAUGCUACUACACGCGGAUGAGGUUAUAUGAGGGAGACUAUUCUCUUACUAAAGCUAACCUAAGAUACAAAUAUUUGGAAUCCUGUUGAGUGCCUUUAUGUAUCCAAUUGGAACAAUGAGCUGUAUGGUCGUAUAGAUAUUCAGAUCUGUCUAUUCGAUAAACUAUCUAGCGGGAUGAAGUUGAGACUAGCUCAUAUAAACGGUGCCUAUGUGUACUUUUUUUGGCA